AUGGAAGAGGAAGAUGUUGACGACACAUGUUUCCCUUCUGACGACCACGGCCGUGUCUUUCUACGCAUUCGAGAUUGGAUAGAAAACCACAAGAGGGGGAUUUCUUCUGCCCUUUACGUGGCAGCAGGUCUGUCGCUUUGGGUACUGAAACGCAGCAUACAGGAUUAUCGAGUGAAUCGAAUUCGACGUGUAGAGGACGUGCCUGAAGCGCUUUUCAAACAUCAGGCGAAGUUGAGCGGCGUUGUUGCCUCCGUCGACAUAUCAUCAGGGGUUCUCUAUUUCUAUCAUGUUCCCCUUCUUCAUCGUAUCCUUCGUUGUUUUCUGCCGAUUCCCCUUCUCGUUCCAGUGGUUUCUUCUGUCAAGAGAGCCACUGACUCCUCUGGAGAUGCGGGCAGCGCUUCACUCACCAAGCUGACAACUACUGCCCCCCUUGCUUCUGCAUUGUCUUCUCUUCUACCUCUCCGUCUCCACAGCGUUGACACUGUUCCCCUGAGGAAGGCCAACGAGCCACUCGUCGUGCAGGGUCUCGAGAGAGGACAAAGAGCGAAGCAAGUCUCCUCGUCUGCCCAAGAAGCGGGCUGUGACAGAGAGAGGGGCGGAAACGCUUUCGAGGAGAGGCAUGGAGACUUCUACGGGGAUAAUUGUAGAAGUGACGACCCUGUUGUGCAUGCUCUGCAAACCUUUCUAGAAGCUGAAAUCCUCCAACAGCAGGUCACUGUCACCCUUGUCGGCAGAGAUGUCACACCGAGAGAAGUGGAACGAAGCACAGGAGCUCAUGAAAGAGGAAGUGGAAGCGGUGGAAGGGAACCGACCAGACACGAGCAGAGAGGCGGAAAGGUGGGAGCCUGGGGAGACAAGCAGUCAACGCACAGCGGAGGAGAGGAGAGAGGCGACGAGGGCAAUGUCGAGAAGAAGGCACCGUGGUUCACGUGUUUCCGUUUCUGGUCAAGACGCACUCGCCAUGACGAUUUGAUUCCACCGUCGCCUCUUCGAGUCCGUCUGCAAUUCGCCAAGAAAAAUAUCUUCGACCUUCGCCGAUAUGACCUCGAGGAAGAGUUGCUUUGCAGGGGCCUUGCUGUCGUUGCAUACGAAAAGCUUAGAGAAGAAGAAAACGACAUGACGGCCAAAGCAGGCCUCUCUUCACUGUUACCAUUCAGGCGGUGGCGCACAAAAAAGCGGAUCAAAAAGCUUGAGGCUCUGCAGACGAAGGCGAGAGAACUCGACAGAGGCAUAUGGGCUACUGGAUCUGAAGAGGGCGAUGCACACGGUGAAACGCAAAAUCCAGCUGGAACAUGCGCUGCUGUGCCAUCUUCUCUCGGCCAGGAGAGGAGAGAAAAUAGGAAGGCACGUCACUUAUUCGUUUCGGCGCCCUUGUCAUUUUUCUCUAACUGUAGACGAUGCUCUUUCUGCUCUUCCUCUCGUGCUCUCUCUUCGUCAUUUUCCUCUUGGCCUUCUCUCUGGUCUGCUUCGUCGUGGUCAGAAUCUUCCUCUUCUCCUUGCUGUGUUUCACCCGAUGCGACGCUGCCUUUAUUCUUGGAAGAGUCUCCAGCAGGCAGGUCGAAUCGUUUCUAUCUAAAAGCCGGUUACAUGCUGAACGCAAAUCAACGACUUCGUGCCGCGGCCGUUUGUCAACAGCACGUCGUACGUGCAAAACAGCCUCCCGCUUUACCUGAACAGCAGGGUCAACAGUAUCUUGUUCGAUGCACUUCGUUCCCUCUGCGGCCACCUCCCCUGUUUUCACCGUCCCGAUCUUCUUUCUUACUUCCGCGGUUAUUUUCGUCCCGACCAUUGUUCUGUCUCCAUCGUUCCGUCGUAUCCCCUUUCCCCUAUUUUGAGAAAUCUAUGAGAUCGUUGGGAAAGGACCGAUUUUCGCGAGGGUUCGCGUGCUCGUUUCCGUUCUUCCGAGGUGUCUCACAGUGGUGUGCAACAAGCAACAAAUAG